AACCGACUUCAGCCCAAAUCCAAGAGGCCAUCGGGGAGGCUGUGAACAACAUCGUCAAACACUUCCACAAGCCGGAGAAAGAGAGAGGCAGCCUCACCGUCCUGCUGUGUGGAGAGAACAGCUUGGUGGCAGCUCUGGAGCAGUUCUUCCACCACGGCUUCAAGUCGGCCCGUCUCUUCCAGAAGACGGUGUUCGUGUGGGACUUUGUGGAGAAAGCCGUUGCCUACAUGGAGUCAGCUGACCAGAUGGGAGACCUCCGGGAGACGGCAGAGCCCCUGGGGAUGACCUGUCAGUCACUCUGUCGCUACGUCAACGCAAUCAACUCCACCCCCAGGAACAUCGGCAAGGAUGGGAAGUUCCAGCUGCUGGUCUGCCUCGGAGCCAGAGACCGCCUGCUGCCCCAGUGGCUCCCCCUGCUGGUGGAAUGCCCGGUGAUCCCACGUAUGUACGAGGACACAGCCUUGCUCAGAGACCGCACCACAGUCAACGCCCUCAUCGGAGUCCUGGAGACGCUCCACGACUUCCCCGUCACUAUGGAAGCCUCGCUGGUCAAAGGCAUUGACCUUUAGCCCUCAGGACAGACCGGCAGGCCGCCACAGCUCUACAGUUCCCUCUGAUACUUCUCCUCACUACCACCAAUUGUACCCACCCUUAAUCUCUUAUCCUAUUGGCUAUGGGAUGAGACUCAUGACCAGGGAAGGAGGAAGAGAGGAAAGAGAUUUUACCAAAGCAAAAAGUUCCACUGCUUCAUGUGAGAGGUUGAGGCUUUGGAUCAGCCAUAAGCCUGGAUGCAGUAUUACACACACACACACACACACACACACACACACACACACACACACACACACACACACACACACACACACACACACACACACCGUGGCUCUAGAGGACCGUUUUGAAUUCUAUUACAACCACUGCUGCAUCAUGCUUUAUCAUACAAGGUUGAUUACCACUGGUUGAAUUUAUUUUCAUUACGCUUAAAAUCUAUUUUUAUUGUUAUCUAUCCCACUGGUUCGGACUGAAAAGAGCCUGCUAAAAUAUGUUUUCUUUUAAGAUGACUUAUUUCCAAAAACAGCUUAUCACUGUAGUGUUAACAAACUUUAAUCGAACAGUAAGAGAAAGUACAUUUUUGGGGAUUAUUCUUGGCGGCGGAUUAAUCCA